UUAUAUAAGUUCCCCUCGUCAGCUGGACUGGAGCUGGAGAGCACGCCUUUAUUUUUUACAAUAAUUUUUGUUUAAUUCCUCUCAAAAUUAAACCGUAAACUUAAUUAAUUCUUCGUAGUUAGUGUCAUAAAUUGCACACUAGACAACUUCCACGUACAAGUAGUUACAACCGUAGUUAGUUAAGUUAAUUGUUUGAAAAUAAUAAAAUCUUCCACAAAAAUAUGGGACAAUUCCUGGAUUGGUUUUGGAAUCCAGAAUUCUGGCUUCCGCCUGGCAUGAAGUGGACGGAUUUGCGAUCCACUGACGAAAUCAGUUAUCCAGACCCGGCCGACGUGUAUUACACCGUUCUCUAUGCACUUGUUCUUAUCGCGAUUCGAUAUCUGGUGGAGAGACUGAUUUUUAAUCCGUUGGGCCAAUCAUUCGGAUUAAAAGCGCACUCCGCCCUGUCAGCGCCGGAGGAUAAUCCAAUACUUGAAACGGCUUACAAGACGAAGGGGAGAGGACAGUUGUCGCACCAGGACAUUGAAGCGUUGGCGAAAAGAACGGAUUUGAAAGUUAGACAGAUCGAGAGAUGGUUUCGAAAAAGGAGUAGAUUGGAUAGGGCUUCAAAUUUUACGAAAUUUAGUGAAAGCGGGUGGCGAUGUACUUGUUACGUCUUUUCGGUUCUAGUCGGAUUAUGCACAUUAUGGGAAAAACCGUAUUUCUGGGAUUUUUCAAAGUGUUGGUACAAUUUUCCGCAUCACAGCAUUCCCUUCGACCUUAAGGCCUACUAUUUGUUCGAGUUCAGUAUGUACUGGAGUCUCCUCAUCACGAUAUCGAUGGACGUUAAGAGAAAAGAUUUCUGGGAAAUGUUCGCUCAUCACGUGGUCACCUUAACGCUCAUGGCACUUGGCUGGUUUGUCAACUUGACUCGAAUGGCGUGCAUCAUCCUCCUGCUGCACGACACGUCCGACAUAUUUUUAGAGGCCGCCAAAAUGGGAACCUACGUCAAAAAGAAGACAUUUGCAGACGUCACGUUUUCACUUUUUGCCAUCGUCUGGAUUAUCACGAGACUUUGGAUUUUUCCAUUUUACAUUGCCCACAGUUCAAUGAUUGAAGCACCCAAAAUUAUUCCAAUGUUUCCUGCCUACUACGUAUUCAACGGGAUGGUUGCCUUCCUCAUCGGUCUGCACGUGUUCUGGACCUACUUCAUUUUCAAAGUCAUUCGAAAGGCUCUCGCUUCCGGCGAGGUGACGGAUACGAGAAGUUCGAGUGAAUCGUCCAUGGCCGAGAGCGAGGAAGACGGAUAGAUAGAUUUAUGGGGUUGUGGAAUUAUCCAUAUCUUGAAGAUCUUUUUACUCAUCUUUUGCAUAAUAUUAGUAGUAUAAAAGUCUUAUCAUUCUGUAUUACACACAUUUGCCAGCCAUAUAUUAUACAAAUAUUAUCACUUAUCUUUAAUUAUGUUGUUUAAACACAAUGCAUAAUUCAAUUGUGUUGUUGAUACACAAUAAAUACUUUUCACAUCAGAA